AAGAAUUAUCGGAAAAAAGAUCUAUCUAACAAACGAGAAAAACUAUAGCCAAGACGCUUCUUCUGUUUAAAAAUAUCACUUCGAUCUCUCGAUGAACACCGGCCCAGGUCCUUUCUCAUGAAGCUCCCAAUUUUCUCCUUCUUUUGUGUUUUCCCCGAGCAUAUAGGCCAAAAGGCCACGCUCUGGGCUUCACUUGACAAAGAGUAUCCUUAUCGUAGAAUGAAUGGAAAAGGAAUUCAAAUUCAUCCAUAUCCGUGAAUAAUGUGGUCAACAGUGCUGGAUCAGAAUUCUUGAAAGUCUUUCAGAUUUCGCCUCGUCUUCUUGAAUUUGCUAUCUGAGUAGGAAGUGAGUGCUAACUUGUGAGCAUCGUUCACGCGGUAGCUGCUGCUCGUAGCAUGUUUACAAUCAAUUUUCGAUCAUUAAAAGUCUGCGUUCGCCAUCAUAUUUGGCAGGCCUUCUUCUGACGGACGAGAAGGAGGCUGAGGAGUAUUCAAGCACCAUCGAAAUUCAGAGCCUACACAUGACAAUUAUCGCACUGAAUUGCAACAGAGAACCAUGAAAAGCGUACCUCAAUGAACUGCGUGGUGAACUGAAAAAAACGCAACUUCUUUAGAAAGCAUAGCUCCGGGCACUAGCAGCCAUGUUAUAUUUUCCCAAGCAUUCGCAGCCUGGCGUGUGAAAUGUUUAUCACUCUGAGUCAGGUCAAAACAACACCAGCGAAAAUCACGCCCCAGGCCUGCCAGAUUUUGGCAGCCGACCUCGCUGGCAAAUGGCGCACUUUGGCAGCGUGGUGUGGGUAUCGCAGUAGGGCAUCUGCGUGGGUGUUGGUUUGGACUAGGGGUAGCCAGCGCAGCUGGGAUCGCUGUUUCUCCCUGCCUUUGCGUUGGUUUGGUCGUGCUGUCUCGUUUUUCCUCCCUCCUCCCCGUCGUUCCGUUGGGAUUCUGGCUGCGGCCCGCAGCUUGCCGCUAUCGGUGGCCCCAUGGGGUUCGGGCACCUGUGUGCUCCUUGGACUGCUCCACUUGUUUCUCCUUCCGUGGGUGCUAUUGUCACGCCUUUGCUCUGCGUCGCUCAGGCUCGCUCGCGUGCAGACGUGCCGCCGCCCUCGGUGGACCAACUGGGUGCGUCAUGGUGUUCUUUGGUGUGCGUUUUCUGUGGUGUUUAGGUAGGUUCGCGACUGUCGCUGGGGGGGCUACUGCGGUCGCCGGGUGGGUUUGCUUUGGUGUUUGAGCGGGUUUGUUGUGGUUUCUGGCUGGGUCUGUUGUCGAGCGGGGGACUUAUGGUGUUUGGGUGUGGGUUUUCGAUGGUGUUUCGGUGGGCUCGCAGCUGUCUCUGGUGCGGGGGGUGCUGUGGCUUUUCGGCUGGCUUACUGCGGGGCUUGGCUGGGUCAUUUGUUGCGGCGCUUCGCUGGGUCUGUCGUCGGGUGAAGGGCCCGCGGCGUUUGGGGCGGGUUUUCUGUGGUGUUUAGACAGGUUCGUGGAUAUGUCUGGCGGGAGGCUGCUUUGGUCUGUAGGCAGGCUUGUUGUGGUGUCAGUUUGGCUGGGUUUCUUGUUGGGGUGUUUGGCUGGGUCUGUUGUCGGCGGGGGAGGCUUGUGGCGUUUGGGGUCGGUUUUUUGGGGAGCUUCGGAGGGUG